CAAAUAUUAUUACACCAAGUAAUUCUUUUUUUUUGUCAAAAGAAAUACUCCGUUUAGCUUCUAAACUUUAGUUAGGUCAUCGGUUUAAUGAAUUUAAUGUAGUUUUAUAGAUGUCUUUCACUAAUAGACAUACGUGUCACAUUCGGAUUUAAGGCGUAAUUUACAACAUAUUUAUUUGUCAUUAACAAAAUUUAUUAGAAACUUCUAAACAUUGGACUAAAAAUAUACUCAUAUACCAUUUAGAUAUUAAAAAAACAAUCAAACUUCUGUCAUUUUCAGUAUAAGAAUAAUAGAAUUGGAUGUUCUUAUAUUCUGUAAAUAUGGAAGACAGCCUGUAUAAUAUCUGAAUAAUUAUAAUUUAAGGGGAAUCAUUAGUCAAAUAAUCUAAAACUAUAUAUCUUAGAAACUAUUUUUGGUCAAACUUAAAACCUAAAAGCAUUGUUUGUAUGUAUAUGUUAGCAUAUGAACAUACACCAUAACCUAGAUUAUUCAAUCUUAAUUAUUUUAAAAAUUUAUGUAGCCAUGAAAUGGUUAUGCAGAGCUGAAAGAAAUUGGUAUUUUCCUCACAAUAUGAAGAGAAGAAUCGGUCUUGCAAUUAUAAAUUUACACGAAAUACGUUAAAAUCUACGUGCAUUAAUUUUCUUUUGAUUUCUUUUCCACAACAUAUACUGUUGCUGUUGUCGCAAACUCGCAAUACAGAAAAUAAAAACAUGAUUCCGACUGAACAUUAUGAUAGGACUCAUCAUGGACAUAAUUGAGCAAUGAACCAAGAACAUGAGAGAAUCCGUCAAUGUUUUAAAAUCUAUAAAUUUAAGAAAAAAAAUGUGAAUAAUAUUGGGUCCCAUGUUUAACAGAAACCGGUCGAUGAGGGACACGUAUAGGAAGAAAAGUCCAGUUUUGGUGACCGAGAGGGGGUGACGUGUACGGUCGGAGAUGUGUUAGUUGGGUGGCGGGAGAGAUGAGAGAAAGAAAGGUUCAUUGCACCACUGACAAAGACAAACCUUUUAAUUCCGUAAAUAUCUUGUCUUUCUCUUGUUUUAUUUAUUUUCCUAUUCUUUUGGUUCUUAAUAACUCAAAUAAAUAACAUUAUAUUGGUUGACGUUACCUUUUUUUUGUGCAUAACAGAACGUUACUAUAAAACUAUUUUACCAAGUUCCAUAUGUUUUAUGCCACUUGUGUCGUAUUCUUUGGAUACUGUGUAAACGAAAUGUUAUCUGUAAAUGGAAAUGUGAAAGUUGGUUCUGGAUGAUGGGCAACAGACAAAAUACCCAAGACACCUCAGAUUCAAUGAACCAAUCAUCAACUAUUUAUGGUAAAUAAAAUAAAAAGUAAGUAGAUAAAAUAUUUGGAAAUCAACAUAUGCUUAAAUGAAACAAAAAAAAUGAGAAGAUGGCCAAGAAAAUGGAUAGUGGAUAUUUUGGUUAAUGUUUGCUUAUUUAUUGUGUUAAUCUUUUAGCUUUCCUUGAGGGCAACGCGAUUAAGGGACGAAGUAAAGGUUGUUCAACUCGUAAUUAUAACCUAAUUAAAUCAAAGAAGGGUACUACUACUAUAUACCCCAUCUAUUCCUAAAUAGUAUUGUUUAGGCAGAAACACACAUAUUAAGAAAACUAUUAUUUUUUAGAAAGUAUUAUUAAAACUAUAAAUUAAUGAUAUUCAACCAAUUACAAAAUAGACUAUUAAAAUAUGAUUGGAUACACAGUUUUUAAUAAAAUAAAAAUUACCUAGAAAAAUGAAAACAUCUUAUAUAUUACAACAUUAAAAUUAUGUAAAACAUUCUACUUUUAGAAACAAAGGGAAUAUCAUUAACUAAUUAUAUAUAUUAGUCAUAUUUUAAAUUAAAUAAAGGAAUAAUGUGGUGUUUUAUUACAUCCAUACACAUCAUCGAUGCCUCCCAUUUUCUGGGUGAAACAGACUAUUCGAUUCUUUUGAUAUGGAACAUACUCUUCUUGUCUCCAUUAACAACAGAAAGGCUUGUAAUUAUUUUUCAACUCUUCAGUGUUUUUUUUCCUUGAGCCCAAAACUCAUGACACCAUCAUAAAGAAACCGGACCACAUUCAGAAUAAUGUUUCUGUGGCAACUGAGCAUCAAUUCAUCUCAAUUAUUAUGAUAUGUUCAUUCAAAGAAUAGUCACGUAUAGUGAUCUAAGUACUAACUACGAACCAGUAUGUAACUGUGUAUCAGUUAGCGUAAUGUUAACCAUUACUGCAUGCGGUCGAUUACCAUAUAUAAAUUUUGAGAACUUAGAGUCUUAGAUAGAAUCAUUAAGACCACGUGCAUUGAGGGUUUAUAGGGAGAGUUCACACAGAAAUCAAGAAAAAAAAAAUAACUAAAUCACAUAAACCCCUCUCUCCUAAAGCUCUUUGGGCUGAACCCCUCUCUCCUAGAGUUCAUCACUGUAGCGCGGGUCCCACGUGUCGUGGCGGCCCGCAAUUGGUCUAAUUUUUUUUUUUUUUUUUAAAUCAAAAAAAAGAAAAAAAGUUUAAUAAUAAAAAAUUGAAAAGAUGAACCCCAAGAGGGGGUUUGCUGAUGCUGAUGCUGAUGCUCUAAGAGGCCAAGGUUAUAUAUUACUUCCUAUGUUGAAAUUUAUCACAGCUACAUGUGGCAUUCAUAAUUAGAUUUAGUAGAGAGUCUAAUCUUAACAUGAGAACACUCAUUAGCAAGUCAACGCAAAAGUCUAUUGGAGAGAGAUUUGGCAUAACGUUUCAAUUAAAUAUUAUUACUUUUAGGGUACUACUAUAUUCAGAGAAGCUUCUCAACAAUGGAAGCAGGAAACAAGGAAAAAAAUGCUGUUAUAUCUGAAGAAGUCAGGAAGUGUUGUUCAUCUAUCUGAUCUCUUAAUAUUCAUCCAAACAUAAAGACUUUCUGGUGGAGAAUGGCACAUGGGGGAAUAUAAUCUUUGGAGGAGAGGAGUAAAAAUGGACAAAACAUGUCCGGUUUGUGAAGAACAGAUGGAAACGCUAAAUCAUGCGUUUUUUCAGUGCAGAGUGGCCUAGUGGAUGCUUCAUGGAAGUCUUCUAGAGAGGAGAUGGGGUUUGGCUGGUCUUUACACAGAAGAGAAGGCACCCAAAUCAUGCAUGGAUCCUCAGCAGAAGCGCCUAUGAAUUCUACUUUAGAGGCUGAAGCAAUAGCCCUCCUGAACAAAUGGGCCGACUAAACUACUCUAAGGUUGCCGUCAUGAGAGAUUGUGAGAGUUUAUUUGAUGAGUUAAAUCUGUUCAAAACUGAACAAACCAUCAGAAAUUUCCGUAUCACAGAGGCUGCCUUUGUGCUACAGGAUAUCCUUGAGAUCUCAAGACAUAGAGAUUACACUUUUCAUUACAUAUCUAGAGAUAAUCUUAAUGUUGUAGACUCCCUUGCUAAACAAGCUAGGCUACAUAAGAAAAACUAUGUUGUAUCUUGGAAGUUUUAAUGUGUUUAAUGAAAAUGUUGAAAAAAAAAAAUAUAUUCAUGAGGAUAUCUUUAGUAUCAUGAGUUGUUUAAAGAUCUACUCGUUUACUUGGACCAAGUCACAACAAGCCUAUUGUAGUUGACUUGACUUUAUGAAUCAACUCUCACCGUAUCGGUAUGAUCAGAUCGACCGCAGCAAUUAUCAACUUAAAAUUAGUUUGCUCAGAGAGAGGAAGUGAAGAAAGAGCGAAAAAUCUUCCAAAUGGAUUGCAUCUCAUCUCUACUCGUGGGCUUAGCGCAGGCGUUGUGUGAAUCUAUGAAUAUGGCAGAGAGAAGAGCAGGGCAUAAGACUGAUCUUAAGCAAGCCAUCAGUGAUCUCGAAACAGCCACAGGUGAACUGAAGGCCAUACGUGACGACCUGAAUCUACGCAUCCAACGAGACAAUCUAGAGGGUCGAAGCUGCACAAACCGUGCCAGAGAGUGGCUCAGUGCGGUGCAAGCAGCAGAGGUAAGAACAGAAUCGAUUCUAGGGAGGUUUAUGCGUCGGGAACAGAGGAAAAGAGCGCGGAGGAGAUGCCUCAGUUGCUUAGGUUGUGCUGAGUACAAACUGAGCAAGAAGGUUUUGGGUACACUGAAGAGCAUCAAUGAUCUGAGACAACGCUCUGAAGAUAUAGAAACAGAUGGUGGGUCGAUUCAAGAGACUUCUAUGGAGAUACCUAUCAAGUCCGUGGUUGGGAACACCACAAUGAUGGAACGGGUGUGGGAACUUCUCAGUAAAGAAGAAGAAGAAAGAGGAAUCAUUGGGAUUUAUGGACCUGGUGGGGUUGGGAAGACAACGUUAAUGCAGAGCAUUAACAACGAGCUGAUCACAAAAGGUCAUCAGUACGAUGUACUGAUAUGGGUUACAAUGUCCCGUGAAUUCGGAGAGUGUACAAUUCAGCAAGCUGUUGGAGCGCGGUUGGGUUUAUCUUGGGAUGAGAAGGAGACAGGGGAAGGUAGAGCUUUCAAGAUAUACAGAGCUUUGAAACAGAGACGGUUCUUGUUGUUGCUUGAUGAUGUCUGGGAAGAGAUAGACUUGGACAAGACAGGAGUUCCUCGACCUGACAGGGAAAACAAAUGCAAAGUGAUGUUCACGACACGGUCCAUGGCAUUAUGCAGCAAAAUGGGUGCGGAAUGCAAGCUGAGAGUGGAUUUUCUUGAGAAGCAAUAUGCGUGGGAGCUCUUUUGUGGUAAACUUGGGAGAAGAGAUCUCUUGGAGUCACCGUUGAUUCGCCGGCACGCUGAGACCAUUGUCACUAAAUGCGGUGGAUUGCCACUAGCGUUGAUCACUUUAGGAGGAGCCAUGGCUCACAGAGAGACUGAAGAGGAGUGGAUUCACGCCAGUGAAGUUCUGAAUAGAUUUCCAGCAGAGAUGAAGGGUAUGGACUAUGUAUUUGCUCUUUUAAAAUUCAGCUACGACAACCUAGAGAGCGAUCUGCUUCGAACUUGUUUCUUGUACUGCGCUUUAUUCCCAGAAGAUCACUCUAUUGAGAUCGAACAGCUUGUUGAGUACUGGGUCGGAGAAGGGUUUCUGAUCAGCUCCCAUGGCGUUAACACUAUAUACCAGGGAUAUUUUCUGGUUGGAGAUCUUAAAGCGGCGUGUUUGUUGGAAACCGGAGAUGAGAAGACGCAGGUGAAGAUGCAUAAUGUCGUUAGAAGCUUUGCACUGUGGAUGGCAUCUGAACAGGGGACUUAUAAGGAGUUGAUCCUAGUAGAGCCAAGCAUGGGACUUACUGAAGCUCCCAAAACAGAAAGAUGGCGACAUACGUUGGUGAUUUCGUUGUUGGAUAACAGACUCCAGAUGUUGCCUGAAAAUCCCAUAUGCCCGAAUCUGACAACAUUGCUGCUCCAGCAGAACAGCUCUUUGAAGAAGAUUCCAGCAAACUUUUUCAUGUAUAUGCCUGUUCUCAGGGUCCUUGACUUGUCCUUCACAAGUAUCACUGAGAUCCCACUGUCUAUUAAGUAUUUGGUGGAGUUGUAUCAUCUAGCUCUGUCGGGAACAAAGAUAAGUGUGCUGCCUCAAGAGCUUAGGAAUCUUAGAAUGCUGAAGCAUCUAGACCUACAAAGAACGCAGUUUCUCCAGACAAUCCCACGAGAUGCCAUAUGUUGGCUAAGCAAGCUCGAGGUUCUGAACCUAUACUACAGUUACGCUGGUUGGGAACUGCACAGCUAUGGAGAAGAUGAAGAAGAACUUGGAUUUGCCGACUUGGAACACUUAGAAAACCUCACCACACUCGGUAUCACGGUUCUCUCACUGGAGAGCCUGAAAACACUCUACGAGUUUGACGCCUUGCAUAAAUGUAUACAUCAUCUGCACGUCGAAGAAUGCAAUGGUCUCCCCCACUUCGAUCUCUCAUCACUCUCAAACCACGGUGGGAACAUAAGAAGACUUAGCAUUAAAAGUUGCAAUGACUUGGAGUACCUGAUCACACCUACAGAUGUUGAUUGGCUUCCAAGUCUAGAGGUUCUGACGGUACACAGCCUCCACAAGUUAAGCAGAGUGUGGGGAAGUUCUGUAAGCCAAGAUAGUCUGCGGAACAUCCGUUGCAUCAACAUUUCACACUGCCACAAGCUAAAGAACGUCUCAUGGGCUCAGCAACUCCCAAAGCUAGAGACGAUUGACCUGUUCGACUGCAGAGAGCUAGAGGAACUGAUUAGUGACCAUGAGAGUCCAUCCAUUGAAGAUCUAGUAUUGUUCCCAGGCCUGAAGACUUUGUCAAUUAGGGAUCUACCGGAACUAAGCAGCAUCCUUCCAUCUCGAUUUUCUUUCCAGAAACUAGAAACUCUAGUCAUCAUAAAGUGCCCCAAAGUGAAGAAACUGCCAUUUCAGGAAAGGGUCCAGCCAAACUUGCCAGCAGUUUACUGUGAUGAAAAAUGGUGGGAGGCACUGGAAAAAGAUCAACCAAUCACAGAGAUUUGUUGUUCACCACGCUUUGUUCCGAAUUGAUAUGAAAGCCUGGAACAUUCUAUACAUAUCAACAUCUGUCAGUAAUGUACAUGAAAACGAAUGAAUGUUAAACUAUUUUGCAAGAGAAAUAUUAAGAGCGUGAGCAGACUUUA